UAUAAAUCAUAUAACGAAAAAAAAAGAAAAGAGUAUAAUGAUCCUUCACAACUUUUUUUUUUUUACCUUUCCCAUCCCGAUCCUUCAAUGUAACUGGCAUUAAAAUAAAAAAAAGAAACUAAAAAAUAGAGCAAACUGUAACUUGAAUAAGUUAGGGGGAAUAUUUUCGCAAUUUGAACAAGUAACAGGGGUAUUUCCUAUAAUUAACCCUAAGAAGCACUCUAUUUCCAAAACGGGCAAAAAAAUACCGCUACAAUUAUCUGUUCCCGCGAAGAGUCGCUGAAGUAAUAGUAGUAAAUUCAGCAAUGGCGAUUCUUCUUCCUUUGUUUUCCAUAUCCCUCAAUGUACAAGCUUCUUCAAUUGACACAGUUCAAAGACUUCCGUACAAUCCUCACCGUACAACUCCCAAAAAACCACAAAAACCUGAUUCGCUAUCACCCAUUUCAACUAUCUCCUUGUCCCCUAUUUCGGUUUCGGACCUGCUCAAACGUGAAAUUUCUAAGUCUUCGGAAGUGAAAUCGGAAGGAACAUAUAUGGGGUACGACGUAUGGCUACCAAGUGCACCCAAAGUUGAGAAGCCUCGGUCUGUGUUUAAUGCAGCCUCGCUGGCUUACAUUGGAGACUGUAUCUUUGAGCUAUAUGCGAGGAGGCAUUUUUUGUUCCCACCAUUGAGCAUCGAAGAGUACAAUGAUCGAGUCAUGGCAGUAGUGCGUUGCGAGGCACAGGAUGCUAUGUUGCAGAAACUUAUGAACGAGAACAUUUUGUCAGAAGAGGAAAGGGGUGUGCUUCGUUGGGGGAAAAAUGUUGGUUCAGGCAAAACAAAGACGAAGAAGCGUGCUGGUGUGGCUGUUUACAACAGAGCGUCUUCACUUGAAACACUUGUUGGUUAUCUCUACCUUACAAACGUGCAAAGGCUUGAAGAAAUCAUGCUGAAGUUGGGCUUCCACAUAGGUAACUCCACACUGCCAAUUGUGGAGAGAAUAGAUGGUACAACAAGGUGAUGCCAAAGGAAGAGAUGAAGUUCAUGAAGCGCUAUGUAGAUAACAAAGAACAAACAUUUCCGAUAGCAUGCUGAAACAAUUGGGUUUCUCAAAAACAACAAAGUCCGUAGUGACUCGAGGAAGGUUGUCAUCACCUGCGCUCUCAUUUAAGUAUCACAUGAGCUUGGGUGUGAGUGGACUUUUAGUAUUUCAAAGCUUAGAAAGAAAAUUAGUUCUUAAAAGGAGAAACAUUUAGACUUACCAAUAGAGAUAUGAUCUUUACUUGAAUACCUCUCAAAAGUUUUACUCGUCAUCCGCUGAAUUGAUCAAGGAAUGUGUUUUGAUUGCUCUUUCACGGUUCUCACUUUUCAGCAUGAGCGUAGAUGUGUACAUGGACACAUUUAUAAGCAAUUAUAUUUAUAUCAGGUCCAUCUGUCAUGUAAUACGUGUUAAACUUCAAUUUUUUGGAAAGAGAGUUUGAGGUUUCUAAUUUCACUCUCUGCAUUUUAUCUCCUGCCAUCAAUUUCUUUUACUUCCGUUUCUUGAUAGGCCAUGAAAGCGGCAGGAGAUAUGAAUCUACACCAUAAAAAUUGUCUUUACAGUCAUGGCUGGAGAAUUUUAUAGAUUGCUGUUCAAUUUCUCGUUUAUUUUUUUGGGUUGUUAUCUUCCUGACAUAUAGGGAGAAUGACAGGAGAAAUAUGUGAAGAUGAUGCAUGACGAUGUGGCUACUCAGGUUCUUUCCCUGUCAACUACAGAGAGUACUUUUGAUUACCGAAAUGCUACUGUUGUAUAGUUCCAGUAAACUUUUGCCUCGACUGAAAUUCAUAGUAGAAAAUUGUCUCUGUGUAGUCUUAACAUUAGCAAUACAUCCUCUUUUCUCUAUUCCCAGUGUGUUAAAACUGUGGAUCAUCAAAAUGAAAUUGCUAUGCGUGUAAUGAACUUGUGAUGCAAGUCACUGAAUUCAAUUUGCUCUUCUGUUCCAAA